UACGGCGUCCAGCGGGUAAGGGGAAGACGCUGUUGACAUCCGGUGGUUUAGCGGGGGUUGACGAUAUGGGAGUCGGAGGCCACGUUGUUGAGCCGGAUCCGAAGGACUUGAAGAUGAUGACACGCAGAGGAGGAGGUGCGGGUCUAGCAUCUUCAAGUAUUAUGGCUGCCUUUAAUCCUGCUCCAUCUCUACUAUGUAUACCGAGGAUGUGUCCCUCAUCACGAGAAGUAUAAAGGAGAUAUAGUUCUUGAGGGGUUCCUACAUGUUGGAUCGAUCAGAGGUACUAGCUCUACAACUAAUAACAACAAGACAACUUCUGGGCCGUCAACAUCGCAGCCACGACGUGCUAGAGCUGUGCAUGACUACGAUAGUGCACCACAAGCGAUUCCUCGCAUCGGUGCAAUCGGAGACACCAGCCCGCCAGCUCGCUGGUUCUCCGGAAAGCUAGGACAGAAAAUGCAAGGCGUGAGUCCUCAAAAAAAGAGUCCGCGCGAAUGGCCAGUGGAGGAUGAGGAGUAUGAUGCUGGCAUCGCGGAUGGCGGCGCCGAAAAGUCACCUAGGGGUGGCCGCAGAACCGCUGCAACAGUUCUCACAACAGGAGGAACGACUACGACAACGACGGGGGGAACACUCACAGCUGGUGGAACGGCAUCGCCAACGGGAGGAGCAACAUCGGGUGCAAGCGGAAUGAAGGUGGGCAUUACUGCUGCAGUUGCAGCGAACAGACUCGUCACAGGAGGUGGAACGAAAAUGAUGCACAACAAGGCAGGGUCAGUACUAGGAGAUCCGUCUUCAGUUGGGGGUUCUAGAAUGUUCAAUAGCGUUGGACUUUCGUCUUCUCCGGGAGAUCCUUCUAGUCCGGGGUCUUCACCAGGUGGCGACAGCGCUGUUGCAAGAGCAGAGCUGUCUGGUUGUGGAAAGACCAAUCCUCUAGACGAUGACGAGGACGAUGAAGUAG